AUGGUGCCGAGAAUUUCCGAAUUUUUCUUGGGCAAAAAUUCGGCAAAAGAAAUUUGGGAUUCCGUCAAGAAAAGAUAUGGAAAUACUCAAAAUUAUGCUCACAUAUAUCAACUGAAAUCUGAAAUCCAGUCCCUCAAAAAGGGAUCGAAGUCGGUUACCGAAAUUGUUGGUGAGUUAACCAGAAGACGAGAAGAACUCAUGAUUUACUUACCUCAUACCAACGAUGAGAAUAUCUUGCAAGAGCGAGAUGAACAAGAAGGGAUAUACCAGUUGCUUGCCUCCCUCGAUCCGAGUUGGGACGCCAUCCGUGCUCAAAUCCUCAUGACGUCUACUCUUCCAGAUUUCGAUGAUGUUGUCUCAAGGCUACAACAAGAGGAGACACGGAGAAGCACCAUGGGAGGUGAGAGAAUGAUGAUAGCCAACUUCCAAAAGAUUGUACCUUUGAUCGCCCUUUCUUCAGUUUUCAUCAUCUACUACUACUACCCUUUCCACAACAACAUGAAUUACUCUUCGAAAACAACAGCUUUUAAUUCCGAUUCUCAAGAUGUAGAGGAGGAGGAAACAGGAAUCAUCCCAACCGCAGCGGCUGCAAAGAACAGAGAAUACACGUCGUGUGAUAUAUCUUUGGGGGAAUGGGUGCCUAAUCCGGAAGGGCCUUACUAUACAAACACAACGUGUUCAAGAAUACAAGAGCAUCAAAAUUGUAUGAAAUAUGGGAGGCCGGACACAGGGUUUCUGAAAUGGAGGUGGAAACCGGAAGGGUGCGAGCUGCCAAUAUUUGAUCCAGUUGAAUUUUUUAAGAUGAUGAAAGGGAAGAAGAUUGCAUUCGUUGGGGAUUCUAUAGCUAGAAACCACAUGCAGUCUUUGAUCUGCCUCUUAUCUAGGGUGGAAGAGGCUGUAGAUGUCUCAGAAAUAACUUACUUGUCACAGUUCAAGAGAUUCGAGUUUAGAAAACACAAGUUGACCAUAGCCAUGUUAUGGUCCCCCUACCUGGUGAGGACCAACCAAGAUGACAUAGACAGCAAGAAUUCCGAAAGCCUGCCCUUGAACCUCUUCCUUGACGAGCCUGACCCCAAAUUGACCCAACAGAUACCCGGCUUCGACUACCUUAUCAUCUCUGCAGGCCAAUGGUUCUCCCGUCCGGCAAUGUUCUACAAUCAGAGCAGUGUUGUCGGCUGCCUCUAUUGCCCCCAAUCCAAUAUCACCCACCUCACCGCUAACUUCAGUUACCGUUAUGCAUUUCGUACAGCUUUUCGGGCCAUCGUCCAACAGACAAAUUUUACUGGAACAACCUUUUUGAGGAGUUUUGUGCCAUCCCAUUUCGAAAACGGUAGUUGGAACAAGGGUGGAGAUUGUGUGAGGCAGAGCCCAAACAGGGUUGAAGAAACUCGCUUGGACGGGUACAUUUUGGAGUUUUAUCAGAUCCAAUUAGACGAGUUGAACAGAGCGCAGAGGGAGGGUGGUGGGAGACACUUGAAAUUCAGGCUGAUAGAUGUCACCCGGGCCAUGUUGAUGAGACCCGACGGUCAUCCAAGCAAAUACGGUAGCUGGCCAACGCCAAAUGUCACCCAAAUCAAUGACUGCGUGCAUUGGUGCUUGCCUGGUCCUAUUGAUUCAUGGAAUGAUUUUUUGAUCCAACUUUUCAGAAGAGAAUAA